AUGGCACCAAGGAGGGUGCCCAUGAACCCACUGAAGAUCUACCAGUUGUGUGAUAUCCCCCACAGCGGUGCCCAGCGGGGCCCACGUCCCCCCAAUAAGCAACCCAGGUGUGUUGCCGUGGGCCCCACAGGGUCGGUUCCCUGGGAGGACAAUGACGUGGACCUGGAGGACGAGGAGGACGAGGACGUGGGAUCAUCGCCGCCCCAGGUGGAGAUGCAAGAGAGUUUCCCCUUUCUCAACUUAAAUGACUCCCCGAUGCCCCCAGCGAGUGAGUCCAGCUGUUCCCCCAGUGAGUGGAUCAAGGCCGACCCUGACCUCAUCCUCCACCAGGAUCCACCCCUGCUCACAGAGAUGUUCAGCACCCCAGAGACAUGGAUCAGCUCGCUGCCCAUGACGGACCUGGAGAUCCAGUUCCAAUACCGAGGCAAGGAGCUGGGACCCCCCCUCACCGUCAGUAACCCUCAGGGCUGCCGCCUGUUUUACGGUGACCUGGGCCCCAUGCUCAACCAGGAGGAGCUGUUCGGCCCCGUCUCGCUGGAGCAGAUCCGCUUCCCGGCCACGGACCACAUCGUCAACGAGAAGCAGCGCCUCUUCACCAACCGCCUGCUGGACGUGAUGGACCGCGGCCUGAUUCUGGAGGUCAGCGGGCACGCCAUCUACGCCAUCCGUCUGUGCCAGUGUAAGGUGUACUGGUCAGGUCCCUGCGCUGGGGGCAGCGCCAUCCCGCACGUUAUCGAGCGACAGAAGAAGGUCAAGCUCUUCUGCCUGGAGACAUUCCUGAGCGAUCUCAUCGACCUCCAGAAGGGCCAGAGCAACAAGGUGCCCUCGUUUGAGAUCUACCUGUGCUUCGGUGAGGAGUGGCCGGAUGGCAGACCCAAGGACAGGAAGUUGAUAAUGGUGCAGGUUGUACCGAUAGUCGCACGGAUGAUCUACGAGAUGUUUACCGGGGAGAUUACUCGCUCGUUUGACAGCGGCAGCAUCCGGCUGCAGAUCUCCACGCCGGACAUCAAGGACAACAUCGUGACCCACCUGAAACAGCUGUACCACCUGCUGCAGACCCCGCAGGGGCACGAACCCUGGCCCGUGCAGCCCCCAGUCAUGCAUAUGGCAGCCCCACUGCCAGUGCAGUAAGCUGCACUGCUCCUCCACACAGCAGCAUUGCAUCUGUUUUUGCAGCGUUGCAUCUGUUUUUGAUGCAUCGCACGUUUUUGAUGCAUCGCACGUUUUGCAGCGAUGCACCUGCCUUGCAGCAAUGCAGCUGCCUUGCAACGAGUCGCAAGUUCCAGCAAGUGAACUUUCUGCAUUUCAUCCACCGUGGUUGACAGGUUUGCCGUACCAGUGCCGUAUCCCAGACUGUGCCAAAAUGAUUCCAACAUUCCAUUCGGCCGAGCUCCCAGAGAACGCUUAGUUCCACGUUUUGUGUACCUGUUCUCUAUGCACCUCCAACCUUGGUGGGCAAGUCCAUGCGUGACUGCCCAGCCCUGCAACAAACUAAUUCCCAUUCCGACAGUCCAAGCUAACGAGAUUGGACUUUGUUCUUAUAAAAAAAAAAACCAGCCCAACUAGAGAGCAGGAGAGAGCAUUUAACGUUGAGAACUAUUAACAUUCGUGUUUAACUAACGUGAACGCACUCAUUGAGUGUCGUUUAUUGACGUGCUCCUGAAUAGAAUCCUGUUAAUGGAAUCCUUUUUUAUUUUCUUCUUUUACCAGUUCCAGCCUGUUGUGCCUCGAAUAUUUUCUAUCUUCGUUUUUUUUACCAUAAUACCAAAAUAAUGAAAGAAUGAGAAGGUAAAACGAUCAAGAAGGAACUGCAGAUGCUGGCAAAUCGAAGGUAGACAAAAGUGCUGGAGUAACUCAGCGGGUGCAGCAGCAUCUAUGGAGCGAAGGAAGGAAAUAGGCAACGUUUCGGGCCGAAACCCGUAAGGGUUUCGUCCCGAAACGUUGCCUAUUUCCAGAAGGGUUUUCGUCUCGAAACGUUGCCUAUAUCCAGAAGGAUUUCGUCCCGAAACGUUGCCUAUUUCCAGAAGGGUUUUCGUCUCGAAACGUUGCCUAUAUCCAGAAGGGUUUCGUCCCGAAACGUUGCCUAUUUCCAGAAGGGUUUCAUCCUGAAAUGUUGCCUAUUUCCUUCGCUCCAUAGAUGUUGCUGCACCCGCUGAGUUUCUCCAGCAUUUCUGUCUACCUUCCAGAAGAUAAAACGGUCUUGGUUGUACAAUUCAGAUGCUGCUGUCGUUUUUGUUUUUUUAAUUAUGCAACUGAAAGUUGACCCCCUUUAAGUUUUACAAGAUUUUGGUGGAGGGACUUUAAUUGUUAUUAA